AUGGCUUACUGCGGCGUGUCUCCCUACUCCGUGAACAUGGACCAGCAGCAGAUGCCCCAGAUGUACCAAGACCUGCAGCUUUCUUCUCCGCUAUGGACCACGCCCACGAAUCGCACCGGUGCGAACCACACCCAGCAGCAGCAGCAGCAGCCCAUGCUUCUGUUGAUGCCGCCCCUGUCUAUGAGCCACGGGAACUGCGGGCCGAUGUCGCCGAUGAGUCCCAUGAGCCCCGUGAGCCCACUGAUGAGCUCCCCGGUUUCGCCGGGAUCGGAGUACUACCCCGGCAGCCCGGCGCGCUAUGGCAGGAGCUUCACCGGGGAUAUGUCCGAGGCCAGUCCGCCCAGCCGCAGCUCCAAGGGGCCCAUCUCCAAGCUCCAGGAGUUCGUGCAGAGCAGCAAGGCCCACCCGCUGCCCAGCAGCUGCGCGGUGCUGCAGUGGAGCCACGAGAACCGCAUGGCGGGCUCCUCGUUGCAGUUCCGGGCCACCACCUCCUUCCUGCUGGACGGUGUGCCGCACCAUGUCUUGGGGGGCUGGUGGCCCUCCAAGAAGCAGGCCCAGCGGGACGCGGCGGAGCGCGCGCUGAGCUUCUUCAUCGGUAUCUGCGGCCAGGAGCUUACAUCGCCAGUACGCAGCUCCGACGGGCCAAACAAGACAAGCACCGGGAACGACAACCAGGAGGUGGGGGAUUUGGAGAGCUUCCUGGGGGAGGUGCCCAAGUGGUCCCAGCGCUGGGAGGCUCAGGCCUCCCAUGAGGCGCUUUGCAAGGCCACGGUGGAGUUCACCUACCUGGGGGUGCCGCACGUCUUCGCGGGCAAGGCCUGCGCCAGCAAAGCGCAGGCCAAGCAAGACACGGCCAAGCGGGUGCUGUGGUACCUCCACUGCCCCGGCUACCAGAAUGCCUUUGAGGUGGAGCAGGAGCAGGUGAAGGCUCUGGCGCUGCAGAUCCCGGACCCCGUGCCGGGCACGUGGCCGCCCUGCGUGGAGGCCAUGGGCAGCCCCACCACCGCCGGGGAGGAGUCGAUGGACUUGAGCCCCUGCAGCCCCAUCAGCCCGGGCCAGCGCAGUCAAUCCGAACAAGCCGAGCUUCUGGAGAGGAAGACCACCGUCAUGCGCCUGCAGAACCGCUUGCAGAAGAUUUUUGCCAAGCAGCUGACCCCUGGGAAGAGCGUGUGGUGCUGGCGCUACGACAAGAAUGAGGAGGACCAGACCUACCAGGCCUCGGUGCACAUCUCGCUGCUGGACCGCAGCUUCACGGGGACUUGGGCUUCGACCCACCAGGCCGCACAGAUGGAGGCAUGCAUCCAAUUGACGAACUUUCUGGACAGGGACUUCAAGUGA